UCUCGGCCCAGCCCAGUCUUAUAAUAGCACUUGUAUUCGGCGUUGCAUUCAAAAUGGCCUGUCCCCCCACGUAGCGCAUAAUGCAUUGCGACAAAAAACCUCCUUUUUUGACACUUCAUCGCGAAUUUUGCCAUUGCGAUGAUACUGAUAUAUCUAUACUUCAUGGUCCUCGGCGUCGCUAUCGCACAAAGACCAAGUAACAGUUCGAUAUGCGACUACUAUACGGAGGUCAAAUAUGGCUCGGCAUCCGAGGCGAACCAGCUCAAAAUGAUGCAAGGCAUAGUCUCUCUGGCCUUUGGUGGACCGGCGGCGGCCUCGAUCGAGUCAGGCAGUGUCCCGGAUGGGUUGACGGGGAUCCUCAAUCCAGGUGUUCAUGAUGGCGUUCCCGUCAAUCUCUUGCCAUUUUUCAAUGGUAGCAUUGCCUCGACGAACCUAAACAACCAAGCUGUCGGCAUCAAUUGGCUCGAUGAUGGAGGUAUUCUACCACUAGUCAACUUCAUGAGCGGCAAGACAGAGACUGUUGAACUCAGGAAUACGACAAAUGAAUACCGCCUCUUCGGCCAUUUCUACACUGCCUUCGCCUAUAUAUUUGGAUGUUCAAAUCCACCUGCUAGCCCUACAACUGGAAGACCCCCCAAUCCCGCCUACGUCCACAAGUUCAUGAGUCUCAACUUCACUGAGAUCGGACAUUUCAUCAACCAGCUCACCCUCUCAUCCGAGUACUAUGGCUUCUCGACGACAGACGCGCAAUCGUUGGCUCUGCUCAUGAACAGCCGGUACAAUAUUCGCUGCGCUCCAGCCGUCUCGCUGAAUCCAAAGCAAGCCCCUCAACUCUUUUCGCUGUGUCAGGACCCAACGUGUCCAUUGGCCGUACCUAAUUCCGACUGCGAGGCGUACGCCAACCUUAGUUCAGAAGGUCCAUCUUCAUCUUCUCCUUCUCCAUCGGAAAGUUCCAGCUCGACAUCUGGUCCGACUACGAUAACCAACUCCGAAUCAUCCUCCUCCCCAACAGAAUCCCCGAGUGCUGCAGCCACAUCUUCAGGCUCGAAAGGCCUUAGCACUGGCGGAAUCGCAGGAGUAGCCAUUGGCGGCGCCGCACUUCUCGCCUUCAUCAUCGCAGCCAUCUUCUACCUCCGCCGCAAGCGCCGACCCAAGACUCCGCCCCCACAGCCCGAACAGCCCGAGACCCGCUGGACGGGCAACACGGAAUCCUUCGACGGCUCACAGGCGGGGGGCAAGGGCUAUCUGUCGCCGCAGAGCGAGAAUUUCACCGCAUACUCGCCCAAUAGCCGCGACUCUUACAUCAGCCACGCGCAUACGUCAUAUAUUCCGAACCCCGUGGAGCUGGCGACGCCGCCGUUGCCGCAGGGGCCACCGGCGGAGUUGAGUGGGGAGGUUGCGGUAUCAACUGAUGAGUAUCGGAGGAGUCGGGGGAUGAUUUGA